UGUCUUCAGAAAGUUCCAGAAAGUAAACCAGCAAGUCUCCUUGGUUCCCUUGCACUCGCUUCUGCGGAAGGUGCUCCUGUGGCCUAAAGAGCUUGCUGAGUACCUGCUCUGGGCCCACCCCUGCGCUGGGUCCAGUAGGGGCCACACAAGAAGACCACAGCCUGAGGACCUUUGGGCCAAGUUCAGGACACAUUUCCAAGACUAGUUCCCUGACCACCAGCCCACAAGCUCUAGGAACAGAACCAAAAGGAAGUUGAACAAGGAAGCAGCAGGCAGAAAGAAAAGCAGAAGUGGGAGCCUUGGAGACUUGGCCCUCCCCUUUGAGGAAGAUUGAAGCUUCUGGUCCAGCUGGGACCUGAUGCUGCUGCAGGCGACCUCUGUGCUGGAGAGAUGAUGACCCAGCAGGACCGAGCACGGUGGCUGCCUUCAGCUCUGGCUCUGCUGCUUCUCUGGGUCCCAGGUUCUUUGUCUCUGAGUGGCCCCAGCACCGUGACGGGCACUGUGGGGGGAUCCCUGAGCGUGCAGUGUCGGUACCAGGAGGAAUACAGAAAAUAUAUCAAAUACUGGUGCGACUACCCGUGCUUGCCACUGAUGAAGAAGAUUGUGGAGACGACAAGGUCAGAGAGAGAAGUGAGGAGCGGUCGUGUGUCCAUCAGGGACCAUCCAGCAAACCUCACCUUCACAGUGACCUUGGACAGCCUCACAAAGGAUGAUGAAGGCACGUACAUGUGUGGGAUCGAUAUACCAUUGGCUCAGGACCCCCUGUUCCAGGUUACGGUGUCUGUGUUCCCAGCAACAACGUCAGCAUCACCUGCAAGUGUCACUAGAGCCACAACCUCCACAGUCACAGAUCAAAUCCCAACUGUGUGCACAGUUUGGCCUGCCGUGAAUGCCACCCACAGCGCGAACAGCCAGGAGCAUGUCCUGCCGAGCCGGGGCUGGGGGCUCCAUGUACUGUUCUCCUUGUUAGCAGUUCUGCUGCUGCUUUUGGGGGGAACCUCACUGCUGGCCUGGAGAAUGGUUCGGAGACGGAGCAAAGCUCGUGAGAAUCUGGAGCCCCUGCAGGACCCCGGCCAGGCUGCCCAGCAGACUGAGCCUUGCUAUGCCGAUCUGGAACUGUUGCCAUGGCCCGUACUGGAAGAGCCCGUGAAACCGAGGCCGAUGGAGGUGGAAUACAGCACCGUGGGGCCCUGCAAGGACAAUCUUCACUACAGCUCGGUGGUAUUCAACCACCAGAGUCAGGAUUCUAAGGACAAGGCUCCCUCCCGGAAGCCCCUGCUGGAGGAAACAGAGUACAGAGUGAUUAGGGCAUAAUCCUGCGUCUCUGGCCUCACCACCUGGCGGUCUCUGUGGACCACAGAAGCCCGCGGCCGGCUCCCUCACCCUCACUCGCGUGCCCCUCAGCCUGCUCCCCUCAUUGGUGACCCACAAGGCAGCUGGGCUCCUGUGGGCUGUCCCUCUUGCACCGUCAGCCAUGUGGCUUCACGGAGGACAAGUGGGGACCUGUGGGAAACACUGCCAUCCUGCUGACUCUUGUCACACCUUUUCUCUUUUUCUCUACUUCAUACCAGCUCUGUGUUAGAGGACGGGGGCCCAGUCCAAUGGGAUUCCAGGCAUUGACGUGGCUCACAUAGGAUGUUACCUCUGAAUAGCUUUGUAAAUCCAGCCCCAGGAAAGUGUCUGGGUUUGCUGGGGAAGGGGACAACUGGCAAAGAGCCAGGAGAAUGCAAAGGCACCAACAUGGGGUCCCCUCGUCUCACAGACAAGGAAACUGAGGCCAGAGAGAGGCAAGGCUUGUCUGUGGCUCCGGAACCAGCAGUGGGCAGGGUCCUCGGUUCCUCUGGACUCUUACAUGAGGUUUAUUUUUUAUUUUUUUUUCAAUUGUAAAAAUGUGUUUAUUCACAAUCCUUGAGAAGUUACCAUUCCUUCAAAAAUUUCUCUAUGAACAAAAUUCCAAAAAAAAUUAUAAUAGUAGCUUAUGCCAAACCAAAAAUAUACAUCCGAUGUAUACAAACUGUAAAAAGCAUACGAGGUUUAUUUUUAAUAUGAGAGACCAAUAAAGUUUAAAAUAGC